CACGUGAUCAGGACUUUGCGGAAAAGUAAACGAAAAUGGCAGGAUCGAGGUGGACGACACAAGUUACUUUAAUGCCUUUUUGGGCCGGUUUGCUCGUGUUUUUCGCCACGGCGACCUCCACGCCUCAGGUACCACUUUUAAUGUGGUCAACUGAAAGCUUAUCACCUGUGGCCUCACCGGCUGGUCACAUCACGUCCAUUGACCAGUUUAGUGCCUACAUUUCCUCAGCUUUGGGCUCUGGACCUCACACAGUACUGCUGUUUCUACAGAACAAGUUAAGCAGAGAUGACUUUACAGUUUAUGGUGGAGUGUUUGGAAACAAGCAAGAUAGUGCUUUUCAAAACCUUGAGGCUGCACUGCAGUCUUCAUCCUCUUCAGUGACUUUUCCUGCCUUGGAGUGGACAGGCUCCUCUGCAGUGCUAGCUCUGCUGCAGGAGAAGCUCGGUGCAUCAUCAGUGCUCACGGAUGCAGAAACUCUGUCACAUCUCAGCAUAGACACAUUUAUCAGCAAUCUGCUGCUCAUUAACCUGCCGUAUUGCACUGGCUUGGAAAAAUCUUGCAAAGAGGUCCUACAUCACAAUGAUGAGAUUAUUGGAAAGGUUCUGAGUAUUAUGAAAGCCAAAAAUGUCCCAUACACUGCAGUGUACACAGGACUUCAGCCCUCACGAGUGAUUGCAGAAUCAACUUUGUCGAACUCUCCCAUGGGCCGGUCCUUGCUCCAGACAGCUGCACCUAGUGUCAAACCACCUAUUGUUUUUAAUAAUGACUCUGGUACACCCUGCAUUUUGCUUUGGGCCCAGAAUCUUAAUGUCAGCUUUAAAGACACAGAGUGGACCGACCUUAAUUCACAGACACCUUCGCUAACGGGAUCUAUGUGUAACGGCAGCUUCUCACUGCUUGUUCUCAACUAUGAAAAUGGAACUUCACUGAGUUUUUCCUUGAGUCGUCGGUUCUAUCCGGUGUCUGCACGGGACUGGUUCACUCUGGACUCUGUACAGUUGCAAUUUAAUGGUUCAGUUGCAACUUACAUUGGAAGCCGCAAUAUCUACGCCCCUGCAGAGUAUUCCUUCCAUUGUCAGUCUGUUAGCAGUUUCCGAGAUCCUCUGCUAGUGCCAAACGACACCGACAUAACCCUGAAAGACUGGAAGCUCAAUUUUGUCGACUUCCAGAUUCAGGGCUUUACUCUGACGAAUGGAACAAAUUUCUCUUACGCCAGUGACUGUGCAGGCUUCUUCACCCCUGGGAUUUGGAUGGGGCUGCUGACAUCACUGCUCAUGCUGUUAAUUUUUGUGUAUGGUUUACACAUGAUCAUGCAUCUCAACACCAUGGAUCGAUUUGAUGACCCCAAAGGUCCAUCAAUUUCUGUGCCUCAGUCAGAGUGACACACUCCUCAGCCUUCGCUCCACCAUCCUUCAGAAUCGAGACCUUCUUGUCAUCUAGGUUUUUGUAUAUGUUGGUUUAUUUCUUUUGAGAUAUUGUUUAAGGCAGAUUGAUACGGUUUCAUGUUGUCUUUGCUCAAUCCUUUCAUGGUUGUCUGUUCUGUCAAUACUGUUGUUUUUACAGGGCACAUUCCAUUGCAUCUUUCAAUCUUCACAAGUGCCAAAAUGGAUACACUUUUUUUUUUUUUAACUGUGCUGAUUUUGAGUGUGUGCUAAAAAUGCUUUUGUGCCACUGUUUUCCUAAAGCAAUUUGCACUCUUACCAGAGAAUGCCUUCUGUGCCAACAUGAAUGUGACUGCUGGAUGCUGUAGGACAAUUUCAGACCUCAGUUCUUACUUUUUUGACUGUAAUUUAAAUACUACUGGUGAUAAAAGAAGUGCCUGUUUAUAAAAUUUGAUGCUGUUUGCUCUGACAUGUUGCCAUUUUGGAAUUGCCGUACAGACGUGUGUUAAUGUUUUACGCUGAUCUUAGUUUUAUUCUCACUCCUCAUUGUCAAAUUACAUUCAAGUGUUGUCAACUAAAUUAUUUAUGAGCAUAGCCUCCUUCUGCUAAACCUUUCCUAAAAGGUUACCUUCUGCUUCAGGUAAAAAUCAAUAAAUGUCAUAUGAUGACAGUCUCAGAUUUUCACAGUUAUUGAAGAUGUGCAAUCGCCAAGUUUUGCUUUUUUAAUGGCAAAUAAAGAUACAAAUAUGAUCAGG